CUUGUUGCAUUGAGAGAACAUUUGACCGUUUUCUGUAGUUUGUUUCCAGUUUAGACCUGAAAAGAUGAACAAGGUGGUUUUGGUGACAGGAGCAAAUAGUGGCAUUGGCCUGGCACUUUGUGAGCGUCUCCUCUCCCAGGACACUGAGGGUCUACAGCUGUGUCUGGCCUGCAGGAACAUGCGUCGGGCUCAGGCUGCUCGCUCUGCCCUCCUCACCUCUCACCCCACAGCUCAGGUGGCCCUGCUGCAGAUGGACACCAGCAGCAUCUCCUCCGUCAUCAGUGCUGCACACGAAGUCAAACUCAGAUAUAACCGACUGGAUUACCUCUACCUGAAUGCAGGCAUCAUGCCAAACCCACAGUUUGAUGUAAAGGCCUUUUUCAGAGGCCUCUUCUCCAGCAAUAUCAUCACCAUGUUUGCCACUGGCGAGGGGAUUCUGACGCAGAAAGACAGUGUCACCUCUGAUGGCCUGCAAGACGUUUUUGCCACCAACCUCUUUGGUCACUUCCUUCUAAUCAGGGAGCUGGAGCCAGUUCUGUGUAACGCAGGUCGGACCUCGCAGCUGAUCUGGACCUCCUCCAGUAACGCUCACCGCUCAGCCUUUAACCUUGAGGACAUGCAGCACCAGAGGGGCACCCAGCCCUACAGCUCCUCCAAAUAUGCCUCCGACCUGCUCAGCCUGGCGCUCAACACACACUACAACAAACAGGGUCUGUACUCAUCUGUGAUUUGUCCUGGUUUUGUGAUGACCAGUCUGACCUACGGCAUCCUGCCCUCCUUCCCAGCAUUCCUCUGGACCCUGCUAAUGCCUAUUUUCUGGCUUAUACGAAUGUUCACCAAUACUUUUACCCUGACACCUUAUAAUGGAGCUGAAGCCCUGUUCUGGUUGUUUAAGCAAAAGCCUGAAUCACUGGACCCACAAGUCAAGUACCACAGCUUAACGUCUGGACUGGGCACCAACUACACACAACCAUGUAAGAUGGAUAUCGAUUUGGAAACAUCAGAGGUUUUGUAUGAGAAAUUACUGCAUCUAGAAAGUGAAGUGAGGAAGAAACUGAAGGAAAAGCAACAAUAAUCCCACAGUGGUCCUGCAGGAUCUCGAUCAUCUUGAUGCACACAGUGCCUGGAUGGAGAGAGCUUUAUUCCUGUCUCGCAGGUCACUUGGGAGCAACAUGUACACUGGAUGUCAGACUUCGCUAUAAUAACAUUCUUCAUGCUCAGCAACAUGCAAGCCAGAACUGAAAAGCAGGGGUGAACAAGAUACAGUGACUCUGUAAGUUUGAUUUGCUGUUUCCACCUGUAUGUGUA